AACACAAAAGGCCCCAGGAAUUCGGUCGGCGCCUGCCACAGAAAUGGGUGGGUGUGUUGCUCCUUUGCGCCUUAGUUGCUUUCCAGGUUGAAAUUUGUUCAGCAAUGGAAAUGGACCCCGGGGAAGAUUGGAUCAAGAGUGAAAAUGAAGAGGAUGCUCCCCAGCAACUGGAUCAUGAGCCUGGGGAUCCUGGCAAGCCAUCUAAGACCUUAUGGGAGGAAAGUGAAGACUUCCUGGAUUCUGAGCAGCCUAACGGCCACAAGAGGGACUUGGAAACCCCCCAGGAUACGUUCUCUGGAGAAAUCUGUUUUGACUAUGAAAAUGGCCCUGGGAGUGUCUACUCAAAUGACAGGCCAUUUAAGUGUGAUGUUUGUGAGAAAAGCUUCCGUCACAGUUCUAGCCUGCUUACCCAUCGGAGACUCCAUACAGGGGAAAAACCUUACAAAUGCACCGAUUGUGGGAAAAGCUUUAACACCAGUUCAGCUCUCAUAGUACACCGCAGGACCCAUACCGGGGAGAAAUCUUAUGUGUGCUCUGAUUGUGGGCGGUGCUUCAGUGAAGGCUCCGUGCUCAUCAAGCACUGGCGAAUCCACACAGGGGAAAAGCCUUACAAGUGCACAAUAUGUGGGAGGGGCUUUCGCCAGAGCUCACAACUCCGUGCUCACGAGAGGACCCACACAGGCGAAAAACCCUACGAGUGCCAGGACUGCGGGAAAUGUUUCAGCACAAGCUCGAACCUCUCAGCCCAUCAGAGGACCCACACUGGAGAGAAACCCUACAUAUGCACAGAAUGUGACCGGCGCUUUGGCCACAAGUCACAUCUCAUUUCACACCAGAAAACCCACACAGAAAAACUGCACGCUUGUCCCGAUUGCCCAGCAAGCUUCCGCAUGAUCCACCAGCUACUGGUCCAUCGCAAAUCCCACCAGGAGGAGAGGCGCUACAAAUGCCUGCUCUGUGGAAAGACCUUCAGUUACAGCUCGGCGCUCCUUGCCCAUCAGAGGAUGCACACAGGUGACAGGCCUUUCAAGUGUCUAGAGUGCGGGAGGAGUUUCAUUCGGAAUUCGGACUUGAACAAACACCAAAGAAUCCACACAGGCGAGAAGCCGUAUGAGUGUCCUGAGUGUGGGAAGAGAUUUAAUCAGAGCUCACACCUGGUUAGCCACCGAAGAGUCCACUUUAAAAAUGCUGCAAAAAAUUCAGGUUCAAACCCAGCCACUCCGGUGCAGUAAAGAGACAGAAUCUUUCUGAAGAUCACCUUCAUCUCCUUUCUCGACUUACCGUUCUUUUUUAUAAGUUAUUUAGUAAACAUAAACAGGAAUGUGUGCAUUACAAGCUUUUAAACAGGUCAAAAUUCUGCACCAAAAUAAUUCAGAUUGUUCAUCAAGAAAGGAUUAUUUUGGCCUACAUUCCCUAUGCAAAUUAAGUGUAUUUGCAUAUUUUUAUACAAUUUGUUCUGCUUCUGUAGGUUACAAUGAAGAACAAAGAGCUGUGUAAGUAAAGCUUCACUUCCAGUCGGUACACCUUACGCUGCCUUAUUUUUGGUUUAUUACGUUUUUUUGGUUGCUUUAUAUUUGAGAAAUACAGCUAGUACAUUGUAGCUUAAAAGUGAAAAGAUGUUCCUGGUGAAGCAGGACAGAAUGAUUAAUUAUUUCAAGAGACACCAAAAAACAAAAGGGCUGGCUUAAAUCAUGCUGCUUAUUUUCCAUGGGUUUAUUUGUAUGAAUUUCCAGCCAUUCACUUCAAACCGGAGGGGCUUUCCAAUCCCUAUAAUAAAUCAUGUUCCAUUAAAGCAUUUACCUGUAUCUUAAGAAGGAGCUAGAGAUGAAAAAUGGAUCGUAAAAAAUCGGCUGUAUUUUGUAAAAAAAUAAAUGAAUAUCUUUAUCAUCAA